AUGGAGCCCAAGGUCUCACGUAUCAACCAUGCAACCUUCAUCAACACCUAUUAUCAAGGUUUUCUCUGUCUACGACAAGAUUCGCUGCAGAUCGCACCCGGUGCCUACAUUCAACCACCUUCUGCACCAAGUUCCUCGUCAACGUCUGCAAGACGUCAACGUAAGCGAGAAUCUGCACGUCGACGUCGAGCAAAACUUUUGGAAAACCUCAUAGCACAGAGAAAAUUCGUCCCACUGCAGGACCAAGUGCGAGAUGCUCUAAAACUCGCGUUCGCACGUUUUGGUGGCUCUCGCUUUGAGCUGCGGGCGUUUUUACCGGAUUUUGAUGAUCAGGCUGAGACGGGCGCGACACUUGAAGAUGUGGUGAGCGCGUUGCCAGUGCUGUCGACGAGUGACGUUUUAGAUGAUGGAAACGUCCAUUGCAAUCGAACAGAUCGAGUUCUAGUUGCUACAGUGAACGGCGUGAAAGUUUUGUUGCCACCUGGUUCAAGUUUUGCUCUGCGAGAUGUUCGAGAGCUUCAUUGUAUCCAGCUUGGACGAUAUAAGCUGGUGGUGGUUGAUCCACCCUGGCACAACAAGAGCGUGGCACGUGGAAAGCAGUACAAUACAUUUGAUCACACGGAGCUGGUGCAUAUAGACAUUCCGCGCAUUGCGGACACGGCUGGAUGUAUUCUUGCAAUAUGGGUGACCAACCGACCGCGAUACAUGACGUAUCUUCGAGAGCAAGCUCUGCCGUCGUGGGGCUUCAAGUUUCAUGCUUGUUGGUACUGGUUAAAGCUCGGCAAAAAUGGUGAACUCGUGGCACCACUGGACUCCACUCAUCGCCUGCCUGUCGAGACAUUAGUCGUUGCCUAUCGAGCCCAAGACUUUGAGCACGAACAGCUUUUGCGUGAGCGUCUUGGUAUGCAGACGCGGAUUGUACUGAGCAUUCCAUUGCGACACUCCUGGAAGCCACCACCAGAGUCUUUCUUUGGCAACGAGGUUGUCUCUGCGAGCAAUAGAAAAGCGGAAUUGUUUGCUCGAGAACUACGGCCAAACUGGACCAGCGUAGGAAACGAGGUUUUCAAGUUUCAAAUGACCAGCUUAUACCAGCCAGCACUGCCACUACGGGACAGUAAUUGA